AUGUUCUUCAUUAAACUGCUCACGCAGGACCUGAUCAUGCAUCCGUCCUACUUCAACCAGUCUCUGCGGGGCUACCUCUCCGCCGAGCUGCGACGACAAGUCGAAGGGACGUGUUCCGGCCGGCUAGGGUACAUCAUCGCAGUGAUCGGCGAGGAGUACGAGAACAGCGCGGACAAGACCCACCGAGGGCGGAUCAUGGAGGACGGGCAGGCGGUGUUUUCGGUCAAGUACCAGGCGGUCGUGUACCGGCCGUUCCGAGGCGAGGUCGUCGACGGUGUCGUCUCGAGCGUCAACAAGAUGGGCAUCUUCGUCGACGUCGGCCCGCUGCAGUGCUUCAUCAGUACGCAUCUCGUCCCGCCCGACUUCAGCUUCGACCCGAACGCGAAUCCGCCUUGUUUCGCCAGCUCGGAAGACACGCUCACGAUUCAGAAGGGUACCAAGAUCCGGCUGAAGAUUGUGGGUACGAGGGUGGACGCGACGGAGAUUUUUGCGAUUGGGACGAUCAAGGAGGACUACCUCGGCCCGCUCGGCUAG